AUGUCGUUUUUCUGUUUCGUCAAUCCGUUCCUAGUUCCAUCUUGUGCGAUUAAAUCCUCUUCGUUGUGCUGGGCCGAGGAAGCCAAUGCGGUGCCUUCUUCGUCUGAAACAUCGACUAAGAAGAAGAAAAAAUAUGUGAAGAGAGUCGACCGAAUAUUGAAUGAAAUCAGAAGUAAAAAGGUUGUGGAAACGCCUGCAGGAACGUCGAGCCAACAAGUCGUUCAACCUGUGAUAUUGGUGGUACCAACAGAUAAUAUAGCGGCGACCGUUGAGGCCAUAAAA